CUACCCCCCGACGCAAUUAUCCGCCUGAUACAAUGUUCACGCUGCUCGCGACCUUUACGCGCGCCCCUCCGACUCCCCUGCGGCAACCCCGUCUGUCGAGCCUGUCUGCCGCCGAUCCGUACGCGCACGGGAAUCACCUAUCCGGGAAAUGAGGAGCGAAAGCGAGGAUUCACCUGCUACUGGGAACGAUGCGAUACCGAUUGCGUGGGGGAACACUGCGUGGGGGACUGCGGGGGAGACAUCUUGCUGACUCGUCUGGUGGAUGUGUUCGACGAGGUUCUUGGAGCUGGCUCCAACCCCGCGCAGGGUGGAGGGUUCAGAGUGACGUGGCAAGGGCCUCGGGGAGACAUGCCGGGGGCAUUCGAGGAAAAGAGCGCAUACCAGGGAGGUGGUUUGUUGGAGGGAACUUAUGGUCUGGUCAAAAGUGGCCAGUUCGAUUACGACGCGUCCGGGGUCCGGUAUGAGACGCAUGGGCAGACGGAUCGGGACGAUGCGACAUUGGUCAGGCUCCGAGAGGCCAUACGGAACGAGCUGGAUUGCCAUGUUUGCUACUCGCCGAUUCUGGACCCGUUGACGACGUCUUGCGGCCAUACCUUCUGUCGCGGGUGUGUCGUUAUGACCACGAACCACUCCGAUCUCUGCCCUGUCUGUCGGCAGAAGUUCAAUGUAGACUCGACGGUACAGGCGGAGCCAACCAAUAAAAGGGUCGCGGGUCUCAUGGAGACACUGUUUCCGGAGGAGGUCGCUCUGCGACGAGAGGGUUCGACUCGAGACGCAGCCGGCACUGAUGAUGAGACGACCCUCCCGUUGUUUGUGAGCUCGCUUGCUCUCCCGACGGUGCCCACCUUCCUUCACGUUUUCGAGCCCCGAUACCGUCUGAUGAUGCGGAGGGUCAUGCGAAAUCGAAACCAUAGGUUUGGGAUGGUCAUGCUGAACCGCGCGGGCAAGAGCCAGGGGGAGCUCGGAAGAUCUCGGUUCAUGCAGUAUGGCACGGUCGUUGUGGUUGAUCGAUAUGAACCGCUUCCCGACGGACGAAGUCUGGUGAUUGUCACAGGGCGGUCUCGCUUCAAGGUGCUCGGCUCGGACAUCGUGGAUGGGUAUUAUGUUGGGAGAAUACGACCGGUCGAUGACAUCUCAAUAACAGAGGAGGAGAGACGAGAAUCACUGGAGACGUCAGUCCCGCCAGCACCUUCCAUCGCAGAUCCUACAGACUCCUUGAGUAGAGAGAAACCAUUGGAGACUAUGCCGACUCAGGAACUUUUUGAGUUCGCCCGGGCAUUUGUACGAAAACAACACAGCCAAGGAGUGACAUGGCUUCACCCGCGGGUUUUGUUGGCGUACGGAGGCAUUCCUGACGAUGCUGCUCGAUUUCCUUGGUGGUUUGCCAGUGUCCUACCGAUCUGGGAGGACGAAAAGUACGAGCUUUUAGCGACAAGCAGUGUUCGGCAAAGACUCAAAAUCGCCGCACGAUGGGUGCGGAAGCUCGAAUCCCGCGAAUGUCCUCGACAAUCCACUUCGCUCAUGUCGGUAUCAACCCCAGGCGUCUUCACGACCUUUUCACCGUUUUUCAUGUCGGUCUCGGUUUCCUUGGGACCCACCCACCCGUUCGCGCUCGAUGCGCAGCAGCGCAUGCGAGGCCAGGAUUCUGAAACAUACGUCUCGCAGACCAUCGUUGUGGGUGUUUUCCUGGCGAUUUUCAUGGUGCAAGUGGCCGCCAACGCCAGUCAAAUCCUUCGAUCAAGACGACAGGAG